AUGAGCGAAGGCAAGAGAAGAAAAAACAAUUUGUCUUCCAAGCUCGAUGAACUUUUAGAUCAAAUGCAGUCACCUGAUUUGAGCAAAAACAUUUCAAAAUAUGCCGACGUCGAUGCAAGCUCGAACAAAACAUCUGAGGCCAAUGUUCUAGGAAGAUGGAUUUCCUCCCUGGAUGAUUCAGCGAAGGAACCACAGGCUCAAUCUUCUGCUCGGAGCGGAAUAGUUCAGAAUAUUUCUGGAAUUCAGUCUUUUGAUGGAAAUGAGAUGUUGACGAAUACCACUUUACAAACAGCUGACGAGAGUGCUUCCACACCGAAGGAAUUAUCUAAUGAAACACAACCUUCUGGUGCAAUCAGAGCACAUAUUGACCAUGAUAUGGAAAUGCAAUCUUGUAGUGUGAACACAGUGGUUAAAAAUGCUACCAUACAAUUUGUAUCAGAUGAAGAAACAACCAUGGUGAUCGAUUCAUCAAAUGAAGCACGGCCUUCUGGUGUAAACACGUUGGAUGAUCAUAGCAAUGAAAUUCAAUGUUCAAAGAUGGUCGAGAAUUCCACUGUAACAGGUGAAAAAACGUUAAUUUCUCCAUCAAGUAAAGCAGAGUCUUCUAGUGUGAAGAGAUUGGAUGAUGUUGGCCAUAACAUAAUUCAAUUAUUUUCCGUUGAAGAUCAGGAAGUGAACACUGCCACCAUAACAAAUGGAAAAACAACAAGUCUGAGUGAUUCAUUAAUAGAAGCAGAGACAUCUGAUGUAAACAUGGUGGAUGAUAAUAGCAAUGUCGUUCAAUGUUCUAGUGCAGAUAAGAUGAUUGAGAGUACCACUGUACUAGAUGGAAAAACAACCAUGUUGAAUGAUUCAUCAACAGAUGCAGAGCCAUCUGGUGUAAACAUAGUGGAUGAUAAUAGCAAUAAAAUUCAAUCUUGUAGUGGAGAUAAGACGAUUACCACCGUUCCAGAUGAAAUGACUUUUGCGCUCAGGGGUUCAAUAAAUGAAAUACAGCCUUCUUUUGUAAGCAGUUUAGAUAACAGUGGCACUGAAACAGAAUCCUCCCAUGUGAACAAGAUAGUUGAAAAUACCACUGUAUUAGGCGAAACAGCAAUACCAAAACAGUUUUCAAAUGAAAUACAACCAUCUACAUAUAUUCAUCAAAAUUUAGUGGGUUAUAAUGACACUCAAUUGCAAUCUUGUAGUUUGAAGGAGGUGGCUGAGAAUGCAACUAUGCAAUGUGAAAGGACAUCUGCUCAGAAUUCAUUAGAUCAGAUCCAAGGUUCUGAUGUGAACAGAGUGGAUGAUAUUGGCACUGAAUUGCAAUCUUCUUGUGUGAACAAUGUGACUGAGAAUGGUUCUGUGUCAGAUAUAACGGUCUCAAACUCGAAUAUGUCAUCAAAUGAAACAGAAGCUUUUCAUCUGAACAGUGUCGAAAAUAAUGGCAGUGAGAUACAAGGUCAUAAUUUGGACAUGGAAACUGAGACAACUGCUACAUUAGAAGAGUUAGCUAUCACAAAGAAUGAUCUUAUAAAUCAAAGCCAAUCUAGCAGUGUGAACAUUACCUCUGAGAAUGCCUCAGUAAUGAAGGAUCUUUCAAGUGAAAGUCACAGUAACUUUGAUGAUCCUGAAAAUGAAUCUGGGACUAAUAACUCUGAGGAAGAAAAAGUAUUCAGUACACAAGAGAUGCAUACUUCCACUGUAAACCUGGACAAUACUGAAGACAACCAAACAAGGCAUUCUGGUCUGAUAGACCUGGAAGAGAAAACUGAUGUAUCUGUAAGCACAGAGAAGAGAAUGUUAGAGAAAACUGCAACCACUCUAGAGAGCAUUUCUAACACACCACUGGCAAAUUGUGAUGAACCAAGUGAUUCCACUGUAACUUCAAACAGCAGUAUGACAGAUGAAGCAGUGUCAACUGUAACUGACGUCAUGCCAUUGUCAGAAGGAAAUGAGUCAUCUGUUUCAUGUGUUACCCUAAGGGAAAUAGAAUCUACCCUCAAUUGCAUCUCUGAUGCUUCUGAAGCAGGCAUUAAAGAUCCAGAAGCUGUCCUCUGUGAUAUGAUAGUUGAAACAGCUUGCUCGUGUGUAGUAAUGGAGCAUUCAGAUGAAUCUCUUCGUGUGAUUGAUGCCUCAGUCAGGGCUUUGAAUAGUCCAGUCUCAAAAGGCAGGUUUCAAGACUUAUGUUUAACUGAAGAUCUGAGCCAACCAUCGAGAAAGAAAAUAAAACUGAGUAAGUGUGUUAACAUCCCGCUAAAGGAUCUGCUUGAUGGCUUGCAUACUAGAUUGUGUGAAAGUAGCUGCACAUCAAAACACAAUCCAUUUGUACUGGCAGCCGGUGUUGCAGAUGAUUGCAAACUGAGAACCUGUCUGGAGAACCACUUAAAAUUAUCUUUAAAAAAUGGCUGGAAAUCAUCCAUAGGCAUUAAAGACCCCUGCUCACAGCUUCGCCAGCUUGUCAUUCUCACGGCUAUAUUGUUUGGUAAACUUGACUUGUUAGAAUCCAUGUUAAAAGCACAGCUAAGUCACUCGCAGUACUUUGCUCAUUCUGCCAAAGACUUGCCUAUCAUACUACUCUUUAAAAACUUGCAUCGUUUCAAGCCUUCUUCUAAUAUUGAUGAGAAGGAUACUGUAUUCAAAAAGGUGUUGAAGCUUUUUGCCAAGUAUGAUAGUGAUGUUCUUCUGUUGCAAGAUGAACUCAAUGAUGACACUGUUCUUCAUGUGUGUGCUAAAAAGAUCAGGGAGCUCACCUGUAAAAUCAAAGCUAAAGAAUCUAUUGCUCCUGAUAGUCCAGAACUUCAACAGUUGCUUGAUCAGAGAGAAUUAUAUGAUCAAUUUUGUGAAGAAUUGAUUCAUGUGCUUCAAAAGCUUGCUGUUGAAGGACCACUGCAUCACAGCCAAGUGCUAAACUUUUUUGAUGUCAGAAACAAAGCUGGAGAGACAGUUUUUGAGAUUCUUCAAGAAGAAAAAUUGAAAAGAAUUGGAUGUAGUGAUGGUAUAAGCGACGCCUCCCCACCUGCUGCAGAAGGUGGAAAUACUGAUUAUGCUGUGGAACAGGUCACAAAUGAAGAAGAGCAUAUUGCACAGGGUAAAAUGGUGGAAGAGGUAAUUACUGGUGCUCAAACAGGGCCUGUGUUGCAGACAAAUGAUUUCCAAGGUGACCUUCCAGUUGGCCAAAGUGCCAGCAUGUCCGUGCAGGUUGUUCAAUCAUCUGGCACCACUGCCUCAUCAACUAACUGUUCUUUCCCUCAAAUCUCCACUGGAUGUGAAGAUGAAUCCAUGCCUUCUACUUUGUCAACCUCCAUGUCGUCAGUUCAAUCUGAUACAGUGCAACAAGUGUUAACACAUCAUUCAACCUUGCAAAUGAGUACAGAAACCUCAGCAGGAAGUGAAACUGACUCAGCAGGUAUCUCUUGUCAGUCAAUAGAGACCUUUAGAUUCAAGGACAAGAGUGACUAUAAGUACGAGAUUUGACUUAAAGUUUUUUGACAUGUUCUCAAAAAACAAACACCUUGGAAAGCUCUGUUGAACUUUUUUCACCAGAAAAGUUAGCAUUGUCAUCUUUAUUUAAGGAGGUUAAGCCCUCUCCUGAUGGCAAAAUGAUAGAAAUUCUAACAAUAUUUUUUAUUGAAAACUUCCUUCUGUCUCUAGGACAUUCUUGCUAAAACUUGUAAUAGAAUGACGAUGGCUAUCAUGUUUUGCCGCCAAAAUGACACUUGUUCACGCGCGAGCACUACUUGGUAUUGGGAAAAUCUUGUGCUCGUAGUCAUACUCGUCUUAGAAUCUAAAGGUCUCUGAUAUUAGAGAGAUUUAGAGUCGUGUAAUACGGCAAACAGCAAAUGUCAGAUUUAAGUUGAGAAUUUCUCAAAAUAGAGAUUGAGCUGGUAGAAACAGCUCAAAACAAAACAUACUACUUAUUAACCAAGAGUGAGGUCAAUACAUCAAGGCUGAGGUCUGAGAUUUCCUUGUAACAAAUGACCAAACUGACAAGGUUAAUAAGUUGUUUAUUACAUGGCCUUUUUAUUAUAGAUCUGAGCCUGCAAUCAAUUAACUGGUCAGCAGAUAACUUUAAGAAAAAUGUCAUCAUAAUAAGUUGUACACUUAAGCCUGCAAUAACAUGGAUGUCCAUAAGGACGUCCACUAUCAUGAAGUUAAACACAGAUUAUAUAUGCCUUGGACACCUAGCUAGUAAUGCCUAGUCAUUACAAGAAAACAGCCAAUCAGAGUGCGCAUACAAUAGUAGCCAUACAAUGAUUAUUGAUAAAACUGGUGUGAAACUACUUAUUUUUGUGUAGAAGUACAAGUAAUGAACAGUAAGCGACAAGUGACGGGAAACUUGCUCAAGUGGUACAAACUCAUGUGAUUGCCAUUUGCCAUAAACUUUACUCUAAAAUAAAUAAUCUCUUGUACUGAAAUUCUUGUAUUGUUUUGUGGUUAUGAAAUGUUUUGAGCAUUGUACCAAAGAUAUGAUGAGUUCUAAUUUCAAACUAAAAACCAGUCACUGAUGGGAGGUGCUAUACUACUUUAUAUACAAUAAUAUUGCCUUGUUUGUCAGUCUGUUUCUCUUCAAAGAAAGUUUCCUAAUUUCUUCACUAAUUUGUUACAAAAAACUGCUGUGUGUGAAAUGUUUCAAUUUGUCAUAGCUCUUGAGUCUUGCCCCUUCAUAGACACACUACAGGGAGUUUAACCCAUUUGCACCUGGAAAUUUUGCUGAAAAAUGCAUUUUGAAGCUGGGCAAGUGGUUUUCUGGUCACUGUCAUGCUAUUAGUAUAGGUAAUAGCAUGAUUUGUGGUGAUAUUUGGCAUAAAUACCACGAGUGAUAUUUCAAAAUUGUUAUAUGUAAUUUCACGAGCCGUUAGGCGAGUGUAAUUUGAGACAGUUUUGAAAUAUCACGAGUGGUAUUUAUGCCAAAUAUCACGUAUAAAUCAUGCUAUUAUUUGUUUAUACUACUGCCCGUAGAAGGUUUUGUAAUUUUCACACGUAGGUAUUUCAAAUUAAGCUGAAAUACCACUGCUCUAAGCCAAUCAAAUUGCAGAAAUUUCUCAUGUAGUAGUAUAAAGAGCUAAAACUUACCAUAAACCCAUUUACAGGUCAUACACUUUGUGACAUUCUGAUCCAGAUGCAAAAUAUCAGCUACAUAGAAAGCAAAAUUUUAAGAUAGUUUUUGUGUUUAAAAGAGACGCAGAAGUCUUGACUUUUACUUUUUGCUUUCUCUCCUCCCCUCUGUUUUUGCUUUUCUUGACUCAUUUUUUUUUUUUUUUGCUGGGCACUUAGUAGGCUUCAUUAUUUUUGGAGGGGAGUUACGGGUGACUCAGGGGUGAAUGGGUGAAUGGGUGAAUAUUUAUAUGUUGAAACAUUUGGAUAUGUUAUGGGUAAAAUUUGUUUUCAGGUUAAAUUUUUUUAACCUAGGUUGAUUCUCAAUUUCCUCUGUUUUCUAGGGCUAGGAGACAUUGGAAAUUGAGAAUCAACCUAGGUUAAAUCAAAAUUAACCUGAAAUCAAAUGUAUAUUUAUAUGUUAAAGAUUUUGUGGUAGGGUGUUGAUUUAAGUUGUUAUUUUUCAAAUGUUUCCACCUUUCAUUAUUUUUAGAUGAAGGGCAGUCACUAAGUCAAGAAGAGGAAGAAUUUCAUAUUCAUGUACCAAAGUUGCCAGUGGGAGGUAGGGCACAUUUUACGGUGGCCGACAAGUACAACAGCAAGACUUAAUUUUAUUUUCCUGUAACAUUUCAUUUUGCUGUGAAUUUAUUUUGCUUGGUCAUCAACAUAAAUUUGUUUUGUGGUAAAUUUUAUUUUGCAUUUGCACUGGUAGGUCACUGUAUAUUAUAAAUUUCUUGUCCCAUGCUAUGAAAUCUCCAUUCUUUCUUUAUGGGAGCAGUUUCGUGCAUAUGAUCCAAAAUUUGGGCUUUUCAGCUCUGAUCAAUGUAGUGGCAUUAUUUGCAUUUGAUUGCUUACCUGUACAAUGGAAUUCUUAUAGAGUGUUGUAAAAAUGAGGAAGGGGUUGGCCAAUGCAUUCAUUUCAAUAACGAUACAUUAUACUGGGGUCAAAUUAACGGCAUAAGACCCAAAAAAUGUUGUGUUUUAGAUUAACGUGUUUGUUCGAAAGGGGUUUUGUAUAUUACCAUUUCGCUAUGUAAGAAAGAAUGAGAUGCAUCUUACAUUGAUUGUAAUGUCCCACCUCUCACCCUUUGGUCUCCUGCCUCCUCAACCCCUUCCUACCCCCUCUCAUCCCAGGUUUCCACCCUCCUGUCCUCCCCCACAAGCUAUAAACUUUUCGUGUCAGUGCAUCGUGCUGGACUCCCAUUCAGUUUUUCCUUAGAGCACACCCUAAACCCCUCCUACCCCCUAUUAUCCCAGGUUCCCACCCCCCUGUCCUCCCCACAAGCAGUAAACUUUUCAUGUCAGUGCAUUGCACUGGGCUCCCUUCAGUUUUCCUUAGAUUACACGCCAAACCCCUCCUACACCCUAUUAUUCCAGGUUUCCACCCUCCUGUCCUCCCUACAAGCAAUAAACAUUUCAUGUCAGUGCAUUGCUCCCACUUCAUCACUUUUCACUCUCUCUUGUAUGCUUCUCUCCCUCUUAAUAUUAAGCCCACAUACCCAUAUUUUUUCAAGCAGUAUGAUGACUUUGAAAUGCAAAUCAGCAAUGGAAAAGGGGUGAACAUGGCAAGCAUUACCACAAACUUGAUGGUUAUUGUGGUAGUAAAAAAUUAUUUUGGCCUGUAGAGAUACCCUUUUCAUUAGCGUAAGCCCUCUUGAGGAUAGUUUGGAGAUGAAAAUCAAGUUAUUUGUGAAGAGAUUGUGUUGCUUUGUUAAAAAAAGCAAAAAAGAACUUAUAAUGCAAUAGGUUCUCUCUUGUUUGCAGGGAAGUAUCACACUUUUUUGUGCACGCCCAAAUGCAAUGUACAACAUCAUGAAUUAAUCCAGCUUCUUUGUGCUACACCUGAUCAUGGCAGCCUAAUUACUCCAGCUGUUGAAAAUGAAUCCUGCUCAAACUUCAGAGCUUAUCUCCAAGAAACUGCUUGGGAUCUUAACGCAAUUGUUCCUGAUCAACUGCCAAAACUGUGUUAUUCCAUCAUCCAUCUUGCUUGCUUGUUGGGAAAGUGUAAAGCUUUAGAAGUGCUCUCAGACUUUGGCUUCCGUCCUCUUAUUCGCACAUCCAUUACCGAGGAAACGCCGUUACAUAUGGCAUUGCGUCUGCUCCAACACCAGCCAUUGGGAAGCCUCUUUUUGUGCAAUGCCAUUGUGAACAUCGUAAAGACGCUGAAUAGACACAGCCAUGCCAUAUCAUUAUUCUCAGCAAAGGACUACAGAGGGAAUACUGUCCUUCAUUCAUUGGCCAAGAUGCUCUCUCCAACCAAAUCAUGUUCUGAAACCACAACCAUUGUGUACCUGUUCAGAGUUUUUGUGCACUUCUUGCUAAGGGGGCAACACUCCUCUCCAGCUGUAACCCAACAGAUUCUGUCAAACUCUUUAAAGGAUUACAACAAAGCUGGAGAAAGUGUGGAGGUUCUAUUGCAAAACACAGUUGUUGGUGAACAACUAUGGAAGUAUUUCGCAGGUCUCAUGGAAGGAAGGGAAGCCUCAGUAGGUGCCUCAAAUGGUGAGUGUUUAUGACGCACCUGUUGCCCAGCGGAGUACUCUUAAUUCCAAGUGACAAGGAUGAUUGAAUGGAUGCAAAUAUCAAACCCACAAAAAUCCCCAGGGCUUUGAACAAAACCCCCAAAAACCCUUGGACUAAAAAAUUCCCCCCCACCCAGGCAGUUGCCGCCAUUCUGCCUUCUGAUUGGGCAGAAAAACACAAAGUUUUCUGGCACCAAUCAGAAGGCAGAACGGCGGCGAUCGUUUGGAACUGGUCUGGUAAGACAUUGUCCCCAGGGGCUCUUCUCGCUGUUCUUUACUUUUCUUCGUGCCAUAUUUUUCUGCCCAUUUAGACUUUCCCUCGCCCCCACUAUCUGCCCCUGGGUCUCCGAGCAUGGGUCAGUAUGUGAUACAAGAAACAAUUUAUCACUGUAUUCUAAACCUUUUCCACAUGCAAAUCUGUGAAGACAAAACAAUUUCUGAACUUUUGACUUACCCAUAUGAAUGUGGGGUUUUUUCCAAAUAUUUUCUUCAUUUUGAAGCGUUUCAAAGUGGUGAAAAAUUUUGUUAAAGCCGCUCUUGCAAAGCUGUAGUGACCUCGUGUUUUGCUUGUGGACGUGUAAUUGUGAAAUAUUGUUGAGAAAUAAAUAUGCAUACACCUUUGGUCGUCAUCUUAUUCACCAUCAAAAUAGAGUUUGGGCAAGGAAUAUUAAAGGCUAUAAAUUCACAAAUUUGUCAAUGUAGCCUAUUUAUACCGUAUUGUAUUAUGAUACAUGUUCAAAUAUUGAAAUUACUGAAGUGUGGUAAGAAAUAUCGUGGUUCACAAAAUUAUGUAUAUGUUGUAGUUAAUUUUUUAUCGUAGGUAAUUUUUUUUUUUUUGUUUGUUUCCACUUCAUUAACAUACAUCACCAUACCCAAAACCCAAAGAAAAACAAAAAGUUAACUACAACAUGUACAUGUUAACUACAACAUGUACAUGUGUGUAUUGUUAUAGCCCUAGAUGGCGACAUGAUUGACUUUUCUGUUUGAUAACCAUUUGUAAAAACUUCUCAAGUUAUCAAACAAAAUGAAACAAAAUGAAACUCAACUUUUUGGGAAUUCCUGUGGAAAAUUCCUUGGAGAAACAGAACAUUAUUUGUGUAAGAACGGUCCUUUUUUGAGAGGACUUGUUUUCAUUGCAAUUUUGCGUUCCCUUUGCGUUUCUCCGCCAAACAGUGCAUCUCUGAUGUGCGUAUCUAUGUCAUGGAAAACCUUGUAUAAGCGAAAGUAGCACCACAGGGUACGUCAGCUUGGUAAUACUUGGAACUGCAUUUUUUUAAAAUAAUCUUAACGAGGAAACAAACUGCCAGAGUAAAGUAGGUAAAAUUAGUUUUCAAGUUAACUGUAUCAUUGCAGCCCUAUCAUCAUCUUACUCUGUGCAUUGUUUAUCAUCAGAUGACUGUGAUCAGCCCGUGCCUGCCGAUGCUGAUGAACCUGAAAGCCUUAUUGACUUCAUCAUUUCACAGGGUGACAAUAUGGUUAAAUGCUUUGAACACAAAAAGUGUGUGGAAGGUUACCACAAAGAAUAUCAAAUGAGGCUACAAUCUCUUCAAGGCAAGGUUUUGAGCUUGAGAAAGGAACUGAAAGAAGCCAAAAAGGAGGAAGCAAACAUCGCCAACAAUGUUCGCAAAAAUGAGUCCAUAAUUAAGUCAUCAAUUGACUGGAACAAGGCGAGAAUGCAGUCAGUUAUAGAAAAGAGGAACAGGCAGAGGCAGCAGGUUUCCUUUUAUGGUCGCAGGUUGGAGUUACUUGAAAAACUAAAACAGGAUAUUGAGCAGUGGGAAUUAUCGCAAUGAAAAGUAACGACGUUGAAGCUCAUUAUAUUUUACAAAAUGUAGCCUGAGGCUAAUGUUGUUUUCAGUUGAGGCUCAUAUUAUUUUACAAAAUAUAGCCGGAGACUAGUGUUGUGUUUAGUUGAAGCUCAUAUUAUCUUACAAAAUAUAGCCUGAGGCUAGUGUUGUGUUCAUUAGUGACAGCAACACAAUACAGUUGAAACUCCACUAAUUAUAACGCCCACCCUCUCUACAGCGGCCACUUUUGUUGGCGGACAGUCCAUACAACAGCCACCUCUCUACAGCGGCCUCUUUUCUUAACGGACAGUCCAUACAUUGACUAUUGUUUAAACUUGUCUACAACGGCCUCUUUCCUCUGUCCCCAAGGUGGUAGACUUCCAGCAGUUUCUCUUUUUCUUCCAAUUUAGUAAGGGAAGUGCAAGCGCGCUCGAGCGUCACGACGCGAGAAACGAGGGUUGUAGCCCGCCUCUCCCGUAAAGCGCUUUCCAUCAUGAGCGUAGUCAUUUCCGUGUCUCCCGCGUUUCGCUCGACAGACUAAGAAAAAAGAGAGACUGCUCGUAGUCUAAUUAACGAAACGGGAGUAAUUAGUGACCCCACAUGAAAAUGAAAAAAAUGUAGUCUUUUUCUGAUAUCACCAUGUUUGUUCCUCUGACAAGGGAAGCAUUGAAGUCCCCUAAAAUAGUUUGUUUGACAUUACUGUAGUAUAAUAAAGAACAGGUCUA